UGUGAUUGGCUGUUUCUCUUUAAGAAAGGAUGUCACCGGAGGUCCUGUGAGAUCGCUGCCUUCUUGCGCGCUAUUACGCUGGUUCACUCACCGCAGAAGUUUGAAUGUCCUUCUCUUCACGACUUGCACGGCACUUUUUCCCUGACAUAUAGACGAUUUCGGAGAUUUCGGUCGAUUUGGCGUAUUAGUGGUGCAGUACCUGGUGCCUGUCCAUGGUGCUGAAAGCAUCAUGCUGUUCCGGUUCUGGUUCACACAGAUUGGUUUGCACUUGUAUUACCGGAUCUGAACAAUUUAGGAGAAAGUCUUGGGAUUUUGGAAAAUACUUUUAUUUAUACUUUUACUACUUUUAUCUUUUAUCUAAACGAUUUCUCAAGAAGAGGAUAAAUACAUCAAGCUCAUUCUCGAUUAAAGGUCGAUCCAGACGCAGGACACUGAUUACACGUCACCUGAUGCGCAGAUGCUCGAGUGAAAGCACUGUUUUUAUUCACUCUCUCGUCGCUGUGUUUAUUGUACAAUGGAAGUGCCAACAAACGGCUCAAGUUUUGGGAUCGAUUCUUUGCUAUCGCACAGACCGCCGAGUCCGCGAGUCUCCACAGCGCGCACUUUAACGGGAGACUGCCGCUCACCGGCGUCCAGCACGCGCUCAGAGAUAGACAGUGACUGCUCUUCUCCACCGUCCCCAAGACGAGACUCUGAGCCCGGGUCUCCGUUAGUGAUGUCUCAGCCGAGAACAGUGACCUCCUCUUUUUUAAUCCGGGACAUUCUGGCGGACUGCAGGCCGCUCGCCGCGUGCGCACCUUACACCAACAGCGCAGACUCAGCGCGCGAGACCGAGGACUACACCGACAGACUGCACAGCAACUCAUCAUCAGACAGUGAAUACCGGGCUAAAGAUGAACCCGAAAGGGAAAUCUCCAGCAGCAGAGAGAGUCCGUCCUCACGCCUGAAGAAGCCCCGGAAAGCACGCACGGCCUUCACAGACCACCAGCUCGCGCAGCUCGAGCGCAGCUUUGAGCGUCAGAAGUAUCUGAGCGUGCAGGACCGCAUGGAGCUCGCGGCGUCUCUCAACCUCACAGACACGCAGGUCAAGACGUGGUAUCAGAACCGCAGGACAAAGUGGAAGCGACAGACGGCAGUCGGUUUGGAGCUGCUUGCCGAAGCAGGAAACUAUUCUGCUCUUCAGAGGAUGUUCCCGUCGCCAUAUUUCUACCCACAGAGCCUGGUGUCUGGUCUGGACCCUGCAGCGGGACUGUAUUUAUACAGAGGACCCACAGCGGUACCUCCGGCACUGCAGAGGCCCCUCGUACCCAGAGUUCUGCUGCAGGGUGGAGCUGAGACCCAACUGUCCCCGCAUCUGUCCACGCACAUGUCCCCGCUCUCUGCCUCCUUACCGAGACCCACACCGCAGCGGUGAACGGAUCAGGAUCCUCAUGAAGGACUACCACGAGCCACAACUGACCAGCAGCAGGACGCGUUUCUUAAAAAUCCCCCAGAGGACAAACCUGAGUGCAAAGUUGUGUAAAGUUUUAUCGAGACGAAGCCAAAUGACUGCUGCUGAAGCCUCGCGCAGCGUGUGGACACAAAAGAGGCUGUAAAGGAGGAAUUGAAGGUCCGACAAACCAAAAAUGACAGAUUUCAGCUGUCUGAUGACCAGAAACAACCAUUCAAAUACUUCAAAAUAACAACAAAAACGAACAUGCAAGAUAGAGGAACGUGAAUUGUAAAUAAUAAUAAUAACAAUAACAAUAAUAAUAAUAAUAAAGUUUGGACAAUCCGUUAACAUAACAUGCAUUUACAUACUUUUUUAUUUCUCGUAGUACAGUUGCGACCACUUUCCACAAACAUCCCUAAUUAUUAUCAUCAUUAUUAUUAUUAUUAUUAUUAUUAUUGUUUUUAAUUUAUUUGAAUUUUCGGGGCUGUAAAAAUACCCUUAAUGGAAUAAUACUUCGGAAAUUGUUUGUCCCUGU